AUGCGCGGUAUCCUUGUCGAUUGGCUAAUUGAGGUCCACACUCGUUUCCGGCUACUCCCAGAGACUCUGUUCCUUGCUGUGAACAUUGUCGACAGAUUCUUAAGUGCCAAAAUUGUCGAGUUGGAUAAGCUUCAGUUGGUCGGGGUUACUGCCAUGUUUAUUGCUGCCAAAUACGAGGAGGUCUUCUCCCCUGGGGUCCAGUACUUCCGCUCCGUCGCCGAUGAUGGUUUCACAGAAGAGGAGAUUCUACAGGCUGAGCGUUAUAUCUUGACUACUCUUAACUACAAUCUAUCUUAUCCCAAUCCGAUGAACUUCUUGAGAAGGAUUUCGAAGGCAGACCAGUACGAUUACGAGACCAGGACUGUGGCCAAGUACCUCUUGGAAAUUAGUUUGUUGGAUCAUAGGUUCAUGGGGUAUGCACCCAGCCACGUAUCUGCCGCGGCCAUGUACUUGUCGAGAAUGAUGUUGGAACGCGGACCUUGGGACGCCGAUUUGGUUCACUACUCUGAUUAUACCGAAGAGGAGGUCCUUCCCGUUUUCCGCUUGAUGAUUGACUACCUUGCCCGCCCCGUUAAGCAUGAGGCGUUCUUCAAGAAGUACGCAAGCAAGAAGUUCAUGAAAGCUUCCAUCCAUGCGCGUCAAUGGGCGAAGAGGAAUGCUGGUGCGCACGGCGUCAACAUCGAGUCGGCAACCCAUGAUGACAGCCGAUAA